AUGAUCUCUAGACCGUCUCUCGCGAGACCUGCGCAGCAGGCUCUCCGCCACUCGAGCUGUGCUCGCACAAUCUCGGGUCGCCGGUUCGCCAGCGCUGCUGCUGGCUCCGGCGCCUUCGAGACCUCCGACGUUGGCGGUGUCAAGGUUGCUGCGAGAGACUCGCAGGGCCCUACGACCAAGCUGGCCAUCGUGGCCAAGGCCGGUACCAGAUAUCAGCCUCUUCCCGGACUGACCUCUGGUCUUGAGUCCUUUGCUUUCAAGACCACUGCAAAGCGCUCUGGACUGCGCAUCGUCCGCGAAUCCGAGCUUCUCGGCAGCCAAUUGACUGCAUACCACACCCGUGAAGCCCUUGUCCUUGAGGCCAGCUUCUUCCGCGAUGACCUUCCCUACUUUACGGAACUUCUCGCCGAGGUUGUCUCGCAGACCAAGUACACCACGCACGAGUUCCACGAGGAGGUCCAGCCCGUCCUUCGCUUGAAGCAAUCCGCUGUCAGCGCUGCUGCUCUCGCUCUCGACUCUGCCCACUCCGUUGCUUUCCACUCCGGCCUCGGCUCCCCAGCCAACCUGACACCCUCGAUUCCCAUUCAGCCCUACCUGAGCGAGUUUGCCGUUUCCGAGUUCGCCCAGUCCGCUUUCGCUAAGUCCAACAUUGCCCUGAUUGCCGACGGUGCGUCCGCCGCGAACGUGAGCAAGUGGGCUGAGCAGUUCUUCAAGACUGUUCCCUCUGCCUCCUCCGGAAAGCUCGCUCUGAACACUGCCGCCACCAAGUACUACGGUGGUGAGCAGCGCACCUACAGCCCCUCUGGCAAUGCCUUGGUCAUUGCCUUCCCCGGCGCCACCAAUGGUCAGACUUCUCCUGAGCUUGCCGUGCUUGCGGCCCUUUUGGGUGGCAAGUCCAGCAUCAAGUGGUCUCCCGGCUUCAGCCUGAUCAACAAGGCUGUUGGCUCCGCCCCUGGCCUGUCUACCUCCACCGUCAACCUCAACUACUCUGACGCCGGACUCUUGGCUGUCCAGCUUUCGGGAUCGGCCUCCGCUGUCCGCACCGCUGCUCAGGAGACCGUCAAGGCCCUGAAGAGCAUCUCCGAGGGUACCAUCAGCAAGGAGGACCUGACCAAGGCUAUUGCUAAGGCCAAGUUUGACGCUCUUGAGGCUACUGAGAAGCGCAGCGGAAGCAUUCUUCUUGCCGGAUCCGGACUUGUCCACAACGGCAAGCCCAUCGACGCCGCUGAGAUCGUUAACUCUAUCGGAUCCGUCACGGCUGACAAGCUCAAGGCGGCGACGAAGACGCUCCUGGAGGGUAAGGCCAGUGUUGCGGCCGUUGGGGACCUGUACGCGCUGCCGUACGCCGAGGAGCUUGGCCUUCGGGUGUAG